AUGGAUCAUGAUUUUCCUUUGGGAUAUCCAUCGAUGGACAACGAAGUGGACCUUACUCUUUGGCAUGCUUGUGCGGGAUUGACCCAUUUUCCAGCUCUACUCUCUUCCACUGUCUACUACUAUCCUCAGGGGCACGUGGAGAGUUAUUCUGGUUCUGCAGCACUACAAACCCUCUUUGCUCAGUUUCCGGCCAUCAAAUGCCACGUUGCUUCAAGAAGGUUUCUUGCAGAUAAAGCUACAGAUGAGGUUUUUGCCUAUGUGUCUCUUAGGCCAAUCCAUGCAGAUGUGGAAGUUCCUCAAACAUCACUCACAUCGCAGACUAAGAUUCUAUCUGGAGCAGUCAAAAUCUUGAAGAGCAGCGACAUAGGUGGAGGAUCGGUGGACAUUGGGGUUGCUUCUUUCUUUGAGAAACAAGAAAUGGAGGUCACCAUAAAUGAUAUACAUAACAAGGUUUGGACAUUUCAGCACACGUACAACAGCGCAUUGGAUAGUCACUCUCUCACUGUUGGCUGGAACGACUUUUGCAACUCCAAAAAACUUCGGGCUGGAGAUUCACUAGUGUUUUUGAAAACAAGUAGAAUAAGAAGAGCAGUGAGUGUUGCUGAAGGCUUUUAG